AUGGCAGAGGUGGCUCCUGCUAGUGCCCAAUACUCCAGAAGGUCUCCCAUGGAGAGGUGUAAGGAGAGGCGGCGCCGGAGGAUCCAGAUGCGGAGGAAUGCUGGGGUGGUCGACUCCAAUUAUGGUGAUUUUUUCACCUGGAGCCGUGCCAAUACCGGUGUGGUUAUCAGGGAGGGAUCUCAGGGCGGUGGCACCACCGCCCUUGGGGUACCCGUCAUGGCGGGUGGCGGUGUGGUUUCGUGGAGGCCCGGGAAUGGUGGCAUUCUCAUUGGGGAGCCCAUGCACAUGGGUGGUUCCGCCGCCCCGGCUGGCCCUUCGCGGAUGAUACCGAAUGCGCCGGUGGUGGAGGCGAGGGGAUUUGCAGUGCCGGUGGUUGGGGCCGUUGCGGUGGCAGGGAGGCAGCGUGAGAUGGAAGAUGCGGUGGCUAUUCAUACCAACCUUUGCUCACCGGUUAUCAAUCUUGGCCGUCCGGUGCACUACUUCGGAGUUUAUGAUGGCCAUGGAGGCGAUCACUUUGCUUUAACGUGCAAGGAGAAGAUGCACGAGAUCUUGAAGGAAGAACUGAUGCGCGUGGCCAUGCAACCAAAUGCGAUGAGAAGGGCCAGCAGCACCUCGAUGGCGGCACCACGAUUUCCCGCCGACGAGAGCCUGCUUCAGGAGGCAUGGAGAGUGAUCAUCACUCUGUGGGCUUCCGCUGACCGCAGCCUGCUGGCGUACUCAGGCACCACCGCCGUGGCUGUGGUUCUGACUGAUACCCACAUCGUCGUUGGGAACUGCGGCGACUCACGCGCCAUCCUCUACCGCGGCGGCAGGGUCAUCCGUCUCUCUUUCGACCAUAAGCCGGACAGAGCCGAUGAAAAGGCCAGGAUUCUUGCAACUGGUGGCCGAGUACUGAACAUGGAUUGUGCCCGAGUUGAAGGCAUUUUGGCCAUGUCUCGAGCAAUAGGAGACAGAUACUUGAAACCGUACGUUAUUUCUGAGCCAGAAGUGACCUUCACAAGAAGAGAUCAAGAAGACGAGUUCCUGGUACUGGCGACUGACGGGCUCUGGGAUGUGAUGUCGACGGAGAUGACCUGCCGAGUCACCCGCCAAUGCCUCACAGAGCCCCGCGCCACCGCCGCUCCCGGUGGUUCUCUAGGUCUCAGUUUCCCUCCGUCGCCGGAAAACGAAUUAGAAGCAGAGAUGUCGUUCCCCUCCCGGAGCGCGUCGGCGGCGGCGCUGCUUACUCGCCUCGCCUUGGCCAGGAACAGUACUGAUAACAUUUGCGUCGUGGUGGUGGAUCUGAAGAGGGCUGUAAUGUGGACUGCUGCUGCUGAUAAUUAAUUAGUAAUUAGUAUUCCUAUGUGUGUGUAGUUAAUUCGGAGGUGGUAAUAUGAUUAGUGAUUAAUGAUGUCCGUAAACAGGGGUUUGUUGUCUGUAAUGCAUGGCUGGUUUGGAGGUAAUUAUUGUUAAUUAGUGAUUAAGUAUUUUAUGUGAA